UAAUAAAUUAAAAAAAAAAUGUUUAUUUUGUCCAAAGGCUUUGUUGGUUGUUGUGCUAUUUUGUAGAUCUUCGUAUUUUAUUAUUAUGAAAUAGGAAAUUCAUGUGUACAAAGUAGGUAAUAAGUUUUAUAAACAAAAAUAACAUAGGUGUCUUUUAAUCGUUGGUAACUGGCUUUCUGUUGAAAUGUAAAUAUUUCAUCUGUAACUUAUAAAAUCAGAUACGUAAAUUGUAAAAUUAAAUGCUGACCCAGAGAUUUGGUUUUUAAAAUGAAUAAACACAUUAUUAAACAGUGUAUUAAUCUGACAAAACAUCAGAAGAUUAGGCAACUUUACUCUAGCUGUUGUCUACAAGUCCCUCGAAACCCUCAAGGUAAAACUACUCCAGGGUUUGCUAGCAAAUACCAGAUUAUAUCAGAAAAGAAUUCACCUAUUAUUGAACACACAGCUGACGAAAUACAUGCUACUGAUAAGUUAUAUCCAAUAGUAAGUGAUGAAUUUGAUGGAAUUAACCUCAAAAGAGGAACUAAUGGUGUUUUUGAAAUUGAAGACUUAGUUGAAUUACUACAAAGGGAAAAUUCAAGAGAUAUAUUUGUUGCAAGUGUUCCAAGAGAGUUAAACUAUGUACAGUAUAUUUGUGUGGUUAGUGCAAAAAGCAAAAGACAUUUAAUAGCAUUAGCUGAAUUUGUUAGAAAGGUUUAUAAGAAGAAAUGCCACAAAUCAGAUUAUAUACCAAAGAUUGAAGGGAAAACUUCUGAUGAAUGGAUGGCUAUAGAUUUAGGUAACAUAGCAUUACAUAUAUUCUCAGACAAGGCAAGGAAAGUUUACGAUUUAGAAACACUUUGGUCAGUUGGACCUGAAUAUGACCAGAAGAUAAAUAAAGCGAGUGAUAUUGUUGACAUGCUGGAAAACUAUAAUACCUACUUGAAAGAUUUGAAACCAUUAGCUUAGUACAAUUACUUUUUGUACUAUAUACAGAAUUGAUGAAUAAUGUACAUAAAUAAAAAUGUGUUAUUCUAGAAAAAAUAAAAUGAUUUUAUUCA